AUGAAUUCUAUCAUGCGUGCCGUCGCGCUGGUUGGUGCGUUCAACAUUUCUGUCAUCGACGUGCCCAAGCCCAGCAUCAUAAAUGCAACCGAUGCCGUUAUCGGCCACGAGGCCAUUGGCGUUAUUGAGGAAGUUGGCGACUCUGUGGAGUUGUUAAAGUCGGGUGAUUGGGUUGUCAUUCCAUUCGCAUUUGACGAUGGCCAUUACCAAUAUGGACCCACGGUUGAUGCAGAAGCAGCGUCAUCUACAGGCAUGCAAGCCGAAUAUGCGCGUAUCCCGUAUGCGGACGACUCACUUAUGCCCGUUCCUAUCAACGGUAGCACCAACAUUUCGAUCAUCCAUGACUACCUCUUCAUGUCCGAUAUUUUUGCCACAGGCUGGGCAGCGCUUGACUUUGCCGGCCAGGGCCCAGGUGACACAGUUGCGGUCUUCGGUGCUGGGCCCGUUGGGCAAAUGGCUAUUCUGUCUGCUGGAGUGCGCGGUGCGUCCAAAAUCUACGUCGUGGACCAUGUGCAGGAUCGCCUGGAAUUGGCUGCCGCUCACGGUGCUAUCCCGAUUAACUUUGCGCUGGAAGAUCCGGUGGAAGCGCUACGCCGCUUCGAGCCGGCCGGCGUUACGCGUGUCGUCAACUGUGUUGGUUUUGAGGCCGAAGACGCGCAGGGCAACGUGAACAGCAGCAUCGUGCUACAUGAGGCUGGACAGGUAGUUGCCCCACAGGGAGGCAUUGGUGUGGUUGGAGUCUACGGAUCUGGAGAUCAAGCGCAAACGAUUGACAUCAAGCCUCUUUUCAUGAAUAAUUUCUCGGUGCGUGGGGGUGUCUCGUCACCGCUGGAUCUCGGCACUGUGAUGCUCAACCUUCUCGCCUCCGGAAAAAUACACCCAAGCUCUAUUGUGAGCGCUGUCAUUGGAAUUGAAGAUGCGCCUGAGUACUACCGGCGGUUCAACCGUCGCGAGGAGACCAAAGUCGUGAUUGAGUUUCCUUUUUGA